GCCGCCCGCUUCUCGUCCGUGCUGUUGGCGCGCAGGUACAGCAGCACGUGGCUGUCGCCUGGGGCUGGCCGAUGCUGCUGGGCCCUUUGCUGGGCUCAGCAAGAAACACCCUCCUUGAUCCCCUUUUGUCUCCCUUUUCUAGAGGAGCUGCGGCAACGUGGCUUGGACGAGUGGCUGGCGUCGCUGUCUUUCGAUAACCCCGAUUGUCCUGACCUGCAGCUGACCAUGGGUGCAGUAAUCGUGGAAGAAAUGAGGGUGGCUGUAGAAGCAGCCACUGGAUUCAGGUGUUCAGCUGGGAUCUCACACAACAAGACACUGGCAAAACUGGCCUGUGGGUUAAACAAGCCCAACCGCCAGACACUGGUAUCUUCACGAUUUGUCCCACAGCUCUUCAGCCAACUGCCUGUUGGCAAUAUCCGUAACCUGGGAGGCAAGCUUGGCACUGCCAUCACAGACAUCCUGGGAGUGGAGUACAUCGGGCAGCUGACACAGUUCAGUGAGACAGAGCUCCAGACUCACUUUGGAGACAAAACUGGGUCCUGGCUCUACGACUUGUGCAGAGGAAUUGAAGAGGAACCUGUCAAAAACCGGUACCUGCCCCAGUCUGUUGGCUGCAGCAAGAACUUCCCUGGGAAGACAGCCCUGGCCACGCAGAAGGAGGUGCAACACUGGCUCCUGCAGCUGGCCUUGGAGCUGGAAUCCAGACUGAUCAAGGACAGGAGCCAGAACCACCGAGUGGCCAAGCAGCUGAUGGUGGUCAUCCGCAUGCAGGGAGACACCCGGGUGUCACGCUUUUGUGCUCUGUCCCGCUACGAUGCCCAGAAGAUGUGCAACGAUGCUUUUGCCCUCAUCCAAAACUGCAAUAUGGCUGGGGCUCACCAGGCGGCCUGGUCUCCACCACUCAUAUCUGUGCUUCUCUCAGCAAGCAAGUUCUCAGAGCCUGCCACGCUCCUCUCUGCAGGCAUCGCCACCUUCCUGACGAGUGAUACCCAGCCUGAUGGCACUGGCCAAAACACCGCAUCUUCCAAGAGGCCCAGAGUCAAGUUCUUUAGGAGCCCAAGCAAAGAGCUUAGGCAGAAGCCAGCUAAUGCUAUUGAGUCAUUCUUCCAAAAGGCAGCAGAAAGGCAGCAGUCGCAGACAGCAGCAGCAGCCAGCCUGCCCGCUGCUACCCCUGCAGAGUCACCUGUGCCCAGCUCCCCAGAGCUGAAAGAGAGGGACGGUGUUGGUCUUGCCUCUGUGCAGCAUGACCUGGAGUCCCCCGUGAAGCGGAAUCCCAGAGAUGGGAGCCCUAAUUCUCCUUACAAGAGGCUUCCCUAUGAGAAGUCGCUGUCUGAUGCUACACAAACACCCUCAACUCCACCCAGCUCCAGAACCCUUCUGAAAUUAGAGUCAGCUAUGGAGGAAAAUGAGCAGAAUUUGCCACCCUCUCCCGAGCUCGCCCCGUUCCCUCCUGCCUCACCAGGGGACCAGCAGCACUGUGAGAAGUGUGGCCAGCUCGUGCUGGUGUGGGAGUUCCCAGAGCACAUGGACUACCACUUUGCUCUGGAGCUGCAAAGCUCCUUCCUGGAGCCCAGUGCUCCCACGGCUCCAGCAGCAGCUCCCAGCCCAAAGGCUGCAGCUUCCAGGUCUCCUGCCAAGACCAAGACCAAGACUCCAGCAGGAUCUAGUACAAAACGACCCAGAGAAGGUGUGACAAGAACUUUAGAUUUUUUCUUUAAGCGCUUACCUCCUUAACUCCCAGCCACACUGAGAGUUUUUAG